AUGAUCUGCACUUCUAUAAUGAAAAUUCCCGGUUCACCACUAUCAAGGCGUGCUUCUCUCUCAAAUUCGAAUCCUCAGCCGCGUUGUUGCUCUUUCAUGCGUAGUCGAGAGAGAUCGAGAGCCCCAAGAGGCAUUCUGGAAGAUUGUUAUUCCGUCAGAGAUGGAUCCAGCGCUUGGCGCUCGCACCAAAGUAAUCCGUACAACCGAGGGGAAUUUGUGCGAUGCCGUGGCUGGAUAUGUCUUUUUGUGACAAUUUCGCCGACUAAAACCAUCACUUCCAACGUCCUGCCGCCAGGUUCGUCCGACAUGGAACCCGAUGAACGGACGCAGAUGGGGAAGGCGUUCAAAAGCCCAGAGACGCGUCUGCAUGCUCACGUCCGUGACCGCGAUACACGUCAGUUACGGCUUGCCGUUGCUGCCGCGGAGCUCGAAAUAGACCACUUUGAUUGUGAAUUCGGGACAGCUCUUAACGUAGCUGUACGAUGCGACAACCAUGCAGCUGUCGAUAUCUUUUUGGAUGCUGGUGCUGAUCUGUGGAAGGGGGGUACCGAGGCACCAACUUCACCAAUCGUGACAGCUAUUUCAUCAGGCAAUAUUAAUAUAUUUUCUCGCUUCUGCGAGAAACUUGCACAGGGAGGAUCCUCCGUUCCCACAAGGCGCUGUAACUAUAUACUUACCCAGGCCGCCCGCUACGGAGAUAUCCCCAUCCUCAAGGAAGUGUUGACCUGGCAAGCAGAAUGGCUCACCGUCACUCAAAUGUCUGCUCUUGGUGCAGCGGUCGCGAAUUGGCAAGUAGAAGCAGCGAAACUGCUUCAGAAUCGAUUCCAGCCUACACGGCGCGAUCUCACUUCGUUCCUUCGCUCCGCAGUUGGCUUCAAGUCGGAUGUCGUGGACCUGUGCCCAGAAUAUGGCAGCGUUGACUAUCUGCAUCAGAAAGAGCUGGUUUCUUUCCUUAUUAGCGUAAGUGCCGACCCUGACGACACUACUGACGGCCCAAGUCCUAUUCUCGCGGCAGUCGAGUUCGUGGAUCUGGUGGGAGCACUCCAAGCACUUCUUGAACAGGGAGCGCAGCCGAACACGCGUGGACGUGAAGGGGAGACGGCGCUCCAUCGUCUAGGCGUUCCUAUACGGUAUAAGAAAUACACGGGGCAAUGUCAGUUACACGAAGCUGGCGUUCGGCUUCUACUGGCACAUGGUGCCCUUUACCUGGACCAUCUGCCCCCGCACUCUCAGGACCCUUUACUUUGGGUAGACAUGAAAAAUGAUAAAGGGGAGACGCUACUACACUGGGCGGCUGCUGGCAAAUCCCUCGAUGUGAUACGUUUUCUCAUCGAGCGUGGUGCCAACUCGCCUCUGAUGUGUGCUCUCGCACCCACUCUCAAGUAUGGCCGGUCCGGGGCGCACAAUCAAAAAGCAGUGCAGGCCGCAAAGAUUCUACUCCAACACGGCGCCGACCCGGGUGUCCAGACGAGCGAAUUCUGGACACCUCUUCACUGUCUCGCACAGCACGCGGAUGACGACGAUCGGGGCGAAAUCGCAGCAAUGGCAAAUCAUCUCAUCCAGAACGGCGGCCGCUCCGUAGCGACGCGUGCUACGCUGCCGCGAGGGAGCUCUUCUGGCGCAAUCGGACUUUGGGGCUCACUCGUGCCAGAGACUAUUCAGGCAGAUGGCGAUGAUAUAGUAGUGCGGCUCGGCAUGCCGCUCCAUUGGGCCGUGGCUCACGGUGCGGUUAGCGUAGCGGCAGCUUUGAUCGCUUCCAAUGCAGACUUGGAGAUUACGGAUGGGGACGGAAAUCGACCGGCAGAUUUGAUUGACUCAUCACCGCGUCUGAGGCGCCGACUAGCAUGGCGUGACAAAAUGACGCAACUUUUAGCUGGGAGCCAAGCGGCCAUGAUAAGAAGGCUGAGGGAUACAGCUCUACAUGAGGAUUUCUCUAUGUGGCUAGCAGUGCCGCAUACUGUUUGUGGUCGGCGUAGUAAGCUCAUUAUCUCUGGUUUGGAUGAUGACGGUCCGGCGGCGGCGGGUCCGGCGUCAAGUUGGACGGUCAAGUGCAGCUCAGCUACUGGGAGAACGAGGGGUGCAGCGGCCGCUGGUUUGGCUAUGGCUACUCUUCCAAGGGCACCUGCCGCGGUCUGUGGACAAACGGGUGGAAGUUCAAGGCUAUCCGCCUGCGCUGUGCCAAGCAAGAAGAUGACUGCUCCUCCAAGGGCAGCUGCAAGUACGAUGACGAGCCUAAGGAGUCGCUCUGCUAGCUGA